GAACCUUUUGUUUUACACGGAACCUGUUUAUCGUUGAACCCAUUUCUGUUGCGACGGUAAAGUAUGUCCGACAGAGAAAUGAAACCAUUUAAUCGAAGUUUUGCUGCUAGUUAACUCUUAAACGUGUAUUUGUAUACAGCGCUACAUAUAUGUGCUUAAUGUCGAGUUAAUGUCAAAAAUGAACUUUAAAAUAGCGUUCUUGAUAUCCGCGGUGUUUUUACUGGCAGUGGCGGAAGCAGAUGAGAUGCUGAGUAUACCAGGAGGAACGAUGAUAAUGGGAACCAGUGCAGCUGAUGGGAGAGAUGGAGAGGGCCCCACCAAGGAGGUUGAACUGCAGCCUUUUGAAAUAGACAAAUACCCUGUCACAAAUGGCGAUUUCAGAGACUUUGUGAGAGCGCAGAAGUACAAAACUGAAGCUGAGACGUUUGGUUGGAGUUUUGUGUUUCAAGAUUUUGUGUCAGAAGAGCUGAAGAGCAAAGUCACACAGAGAAUUGAGUCUGCUCCUUGGUGGUUGCCUAUAGAACGGGUGUUUUGGAGACAGCCUGCAGGACCUGGUUCAGGCAUUCGGGAGCGCCUGAGCUUCCCGGUGGUUCAGGUGAGCUGGAAUGACGCUCAGGCCUUCUGCCGGGGGAAGGGCAAGAGACUGCCUACUGAGGAGGAGUGGGAGUGGGCUGCACGAGGGGGGCUGCAAGGUCGGACUUAUCCGUGGGGAAACAAGUUCCAGGCCAACAGAACCAACCUGUGGCAGGGAUCGUUUCCAGAUGAAGACACUGCAGAGGAUGGUUACCAUGGCGUAUCUCCUGUCACAGCAUUUCCUCCUCAGAACAGUUAUGGACUGUAUGACAUGAUGGGAAACACAUGGGAAUGGACAUCCACACCCUUCCCAGCAGCACAACCAAUGUUUGUGUUGCGUGGUGGCUCCUGGAUUGACACAGUGGAUGGUUCAGCCAAUCAUAAGGCACGAAUUACGACCAGGAUGGGCAACACUCCUGACUCUGCCUCUGAUAACCUGGGAUUCAGGUGUGCUGCCAGCGAUGGACAGAAACAAGGGAAGACAAAAGACAAAACUGAACUGUAGCAACAAACGGGAAGUUAAAAUAAUAAUGAUCUUUUGAACCAAACAAAGAACAAGAAAAAAAGCAAAGGACCAAUUAAGUAUCAAUGACUAACAAUGAUUUUUAAUGAAUAAUGAUGAUGACAGAAAGAUGUGAGGGUAGAAACAAACUGUAUUUCUCCUAUGGAGAACAUAGAUUUUUUUUUUCUUAAAUUGAAGAAUAGGAACAAACAUACUAAUAACUAACAUUCAUGAAAUAAAUAAUUUUGCAAAGAAAAAAAGUCCUUUGUAACUGUUUUUCCAUAACGUAGUUAUUCACCAAAACAAUAAGAAUACAAUGCCGAUAAUUUACGGGCAUGACUGAAGAGACUUCUUGUCUCAUCCACUAAUUUCACUGAAUGGAAGAAAUAGGACAGUCUUUGACUGUCAUUGGCAGUUCCUUCUACAUGCUGGGAUCUGUCUUUUGUUGAGCAUUUUGAUGUGACUGGAGAGUAAAUCGGUCUGUCGGUUUAGUCACAGCCUCCUAUAAUGCCGUCUUUGUCUUUUUGUUUCUUUCUCAUCCCUAAUGUCCAGCUGAGACUGACUCAUUCUGUUAAACACCAUAAACGAGAAGUUUUUAUCUAAACUCCAGUUAUAUUUAACUAUCAAGUAAUUAUAUAUAUAUAUAUACCCAAGAUAAACUUGAGUACUUUUGAGUUGACCACACAAUCCAGAGAUAAUAUGCAUGUGGAGUGAAACAUGUUUUUAGUGACAUUGACAAAUGUUCACAAAAGGCAAAAUCAAAGCUGGCACUUUUGUUCUUGUAACAUACAGAAUGUGGACAGUGUUGCAAUUUUUAAAUGGACAAACAUGUAACAUGUAGUUUUUCCACACAAAAAAGCAAAUUAUAUAAAACUACUUGAAAUUGGA